AUGGCUGCAAAACGAAUUAAUAAGGAAUUGAAGGACUUACAGAAGGAUCCUCCUACUGCUUGCAGUGCAGGCCCUGCUGGUAAUGACAUAUUCCAUUGGCAAGCAACAAUUAUGGGCCCAGCUGACAGCCCGUAUGCUGGGGGUGUGUUCUCUGUUAACAUACACUUCCCUCCUGAUUACCCAUUCAAGCCACCCAAGGUCUCUUUUAAGACAAAAGUUUAUCACCCAAACAUCAACAGCAAUGGUAGUAUCUGUCUGGACAUUCUAAAGGAGCAAUGGAGUCCAGCCUUGACAAUUUCAAAGGUGUUGUUGUCUAUAUGCUCACUAUUGACAGAUCCAAAUCCUAAUGAUCCCCUGGUGCCUGAGAUUGCUCACAUCUACACGACUGAUAGAGUCAAGUAUGGCAUGCUUCAUGUGCUGGUGCCUCUUCACUUGUGUCUCCAUCAUUUGCAAGCUAGCUGCAUCAAGGUCAUGAGACAUUUUGCCUCACUGGUUUUUGGAGGGAAUUCAGUCCUCAGAAAUGCUGCAAGUUCUCCAGCUAAUAUGGACGAAGAAGGUGAUGUAGUGGCUAUUGAUAAGAAACAUUAUCCUAAAACAAUCAGCUCUGCCAUUAUAUGUCCUCCAAAACCCUCAACUACUAAGGAAGUAGAAUCCAAAUUGCACAUUCUAAUGUUCCAUAUAGGAGAUGCAGGGCAUCGUCAAGAAAGAAUGUAUGCCAUAGAGCAUGCAAAACUUGUUGCAACAAAUGUCGGUGUGUUCCACCAGUUUCUGCGGAGCAGGAUACUCAAGUGCCUUUUGAAUGUUGAUUCUAUAAUUUCCUUGCUGGUUAAUCUAUGUGUACCUGAUAAGAGAAUAAAAUCAAGCUAUGCUUGA